CUCCUUUUCCUCAUGUUUUGUUUCCUUCCUCACUCUCUCCAUAAACAAAUACUCCUCUCUACUCUUCCAGCCUAAACCAGAAACCACACACAAUCUUUCUUUCUCUUUCUCUCAGUCUCUGCGUGAAUAUUGUCGGAGAAAUGGGAGAGAAUAGUAAUAACAGUACAGCAAAUACUGUUGCUCAGGCGAUAGUUGCUGCCCUAGAUUGGAGUUCUUCGCCUCAAGCAAGAAACUCCGCCUUUUCUUACUUAGAAUCUAUAAAAGCAGGAGAUGUUCGAACAUUAGCACAUACAUCUUUCAUUUUGGUCAAAAGAGAUUGGUCUUCUGAGAUUCGGUUGCAAGCGUUUAAAUUGUUGCAGCACUUGGUGAGGGUGCGAUGGGAGGAACUAAGUUCCUUGGAAAGAAGAGAUUUUGCAAAGGUUGCUGUGGACUUGAUUUCUGAGAUGGCCAAUCCUUCUGAACAGUGGGCUCUGAAGAGCCAAACUGCUGCUCUUGUUGCUGAGAUAAUUAGGAGAGAAGGGAUAAAUCUGUGGCAAGAACUGCAUCCUCCUCUGGUUUCUCUAUCUAAUAAUGGACCCAUCCAAGCUGAGUUGGUCUCCAUGAUCCUAAGAUGGGUUCCAGAAGACAUCACAGUCCACAACGAAGAUUUGGAAGGUGAGCGGCGUAGGAUGCUGUUACGUGGGCUUACUCAGUCUUUGCCUGAAAUUUUCCCCUUACUAUAUACUUUACUUGAAAGGCACUUUGGAGCUGCUUUGAGUGCAGCAGGAAGUCAGCAGUUGGAUGUUGCUAAACAGCAUGCAGCCACAGUUACAGCCACUAUUAAUGCUGUUAAUGCAUAUGCUGAAUGGGCCCCUAUUCCCGAUCUCGAAAAAUAUGGUCUGAUUCGUGGGUGCGGGUUCUUACUCUCUUCUCCUGAUUUUCGUCUUCAUGCAUCUGAGUUUUUCAAAUUAGUCUGUGCAAGGAAAAAACCUGCCGAUGCUACAUCCGAGUUUGACUCAGCAAUAAGUAAUAUCUUUCGGAUCCUGAUGAAUGUGUCUAGUGACUUCUUGAGCAGAUCUGGCUCCAAUUUUGGUGGCAUUGAUAAAAGUGAAUUUGAAUUUGCGGAAGUUAUAUGUGAAAGUAUGGUGUCUUUGGGUACUUUAAAUUUGCAGUGCAUUUCUGGGGACAAUACCAUGUUUCCCCAUUAUCUUCAACAGAUGCUGGGGUACUUCCAACACUGCAAGCUAGCUCUCCAUUUCCAGUCUUUGCUUUUUUGGUUGCCUGUACUGAGAGAAUCAGUAUCCAAACCGAAGGUCGUUUUACAUGGAGCAGGUGAAAAUAUGUCAGAGUCCGUAUCUGGGCUGGCCGAUAAGGAACGGAAAGGGAUUCUGGUAGUUAAUGAAGAUAUCUGUAGUGCUAUUUUGGAUAUUACUCUUCUCCGCAUGCUCAAGCGAGAAAAAGUUUCACCAGAAACAGCUCUUUCUCUAGGAGCACUUGAGCUCUGGAGUGAUGUGUUUGAUGGCAAGGGAGAGUUCAGCCAAUAUCGUUCUAGGCUGUUGGAUCUUAUCAAAUUAAUUGCUUCAGUUAAGCCCUUUGUAGCUGCUGCUAAAGUUUCAGAGAGGAUUGAUACAGUCAUCAAGAGCCUCGUAACUUCUUCAUCACCUACUCAGGACAUAGCCAUAAUGGAGAGCUUGAAUCUGGCACUAGAGACGGUUGUUAGUGCCAUUUUCGAUGGAUCAACUGAAGUUGUAGGUGGUAACCGUGAUAUUCAUCUCGGAAUAUGCAGAAUGUUUGAAGGUCUACUUCAGCAACUUCUUUCUCUGAAAUGGACUGAGCCAACACUUGCGGAAUUACUUGCACGAUAUAUAGAAGCAUUGGGACCUUUCCUAAAAUACUUCCCUGAUGCAGUUGCUGGGGUCGUCAAUAAAAUUUUUGAACUUCUGACUUCACUUCCUAUUGCUCUUAAGGAACCUUCAGUGAAUAGUGCUCGGCAUGCACGAUUGCAAAUUUGUACCUCAUUUGUACGCAUUGCCUUAACUGCUGACAAAAGUCUCCUUCCUCAUAUGAAGGGAAUUGCUGAAACCAUGGAUCGUUUACAAAAAGAAGGGAGUCUGUUGCGUGGGGAGCAUAAUAUUCUAGGUGAAGCACUACUGGUCAUGGCUUCUGCUGCUGGGAUCCAACAACAGCAAGAAGCUUUGGUUUGGUUACUUGAACCUAUGAUGAAGCAGUGGACUCAGAUGGAAUGGCAAAGUGCUUAUUUAUCUGAUCCUUCAGGUCUUGUCCGCCUCUGCUCUGAUACACAAUUUAUGUGGUCGCUUUUUCAUAGUGUGACAUUCUUUGAGAAGGCUCUUAAAAGGAGUGGAUCAAGAAAGAGCAGCUUGACUUUGCAAAAUGGCUCCUUACAAUGUAACAAUUCCAUGUCUUCACAUCCUCUGGCAUCUCAUCUUGAAUGGAUGCUGCCUCCUCUCCUAAGGCUGCUCCGUGCUUUACAUUCACUUUGGUCUCCACCUGUAAUGCAAAUGUUACCAGUGGAGUUGAAGGCAGCAAUGAGUAUAAGUGACGUAGAGCGAGUUGGUCUUCUUGGGGAAGGAAACGUUAAGGUGUCAAAGGGAACCUUGACUUUUACAGAGGGUGCUCAGAACGAUGUGAACGAGAAUGAUGUUAGAAAUUGGUUAAAGGGUAUCAGAGAUAGUGGGUAUAAUGUCUUGGGCCUGUCAAUAACCCUUGGGGAUUCCUUUUUUAAAUGCGUGGAAAGUCAGUUUGUCGCUGAAGCUCUUCUAGAGAACAUACAGUCAAUGGAGUUCAGACAUACAAGGCAGCUAAUCCACUUGGUUCUUGUGCCCUUGGUCAAGUUUUGUCCUUCUAAUUCGUGGGAGGUGUGGAUAGAUAAAAUCCUGCAUCCAUUACUUCUCCAUUGCCAGCAGGCUCUCAGUUGUUCAUGGUCUACCCUUCUACUUGAAGGUAGAGCAAAUGUACCAGAUAUACCCAGAAAUCUCUCUGGUUUAGACUUAAAGGUGGAAGUUAUGGAGGAAAAGUUGCUUCGAGAUCUAACUCGGGAAGUCAGUUAUCUUCUUUCAGUUGUAGCUUCUCCUGGAUUAAAUCAUGGGAUUCCUUCAAUAGAACACCUUGGACAUGGUAACCGUGGGGAGAUGUCUACUCUCAAAGACUUGGAUGCAUUUGCCUCAAACUCUCUAAUGGGCUUUCUCUUAAAGCAUCAAGGUCCAGCCCUUCCUGCCUUACAAAUAAGCUUAGAAGCGUUUAAGUGGACUGAUGGGGAAUCUGUGGUUAAAAUUUCAUCUUUCUGCGGAGCGCUGGUGCUUCUUGCUAUAUCCUCAAAUAAUUCAGAACUCCUACAAUUUGUUUCCAAAGAUUUGUUUUAUGCAAUUAUUGAAGGCUUAGCCCUCGAGUCAAAUGCUUUUGCUAGUGCAGAUCUUGUUGGUAUCUGUCGCGAAAUUUUCGUAUUUCUUGCUGAUAGAAAUCCGUCUCCCAGACAGAUAUUACUUUCUCUUCCUUCCAUUACACCUCAAGAUCUGCAUGCCUUUGAAGAAGCCGUAUCAAAGACAUCUAGUCCAAAAGAACAAAAGCAGCAUAUGAAGAGUUUGCUUUUAUUGGCUACAGGAAACAAGUUGAAAGCACUUGCUGCUCAGAAAAGCACGAAUGUCGUUACGAAUGUUUCUUUAAGAACUCGCAAUCCAACAUCAGCUUCAGAAUCUAGCACAAAUGAAGGUGAUUUUGGAUUAUCAGCGCUACUUCAAUGAUGUAACAGAAAAGCUGAGCUUUCAUGUUUGCACAGUAACGAAAGCUUCUUAAAGAGGAAAUUGCGGAAAACUCCCAUAUGCAUACAGCUUCCGGGUCAAAAAAGUUGGUAAAUCACCCACUGAACCUCUUCAACUAAUCUACAAGACAUCAUUCUGUCUACUGAUCUUCCUUGUGAAAAAAAGAUUUUGUAUAACUAAACAGUACAUUAUGUAAUUUCUAAACUUUAUUUUAUAAAUUGGUCAUAUAGCAGUAAAGCACAUAACGGUUCCAAUCUUGAGAAGCUUGAAUGCUUUCGAGUAUUCCAGUAACUAACAUGCGAGCGCUCUUCUGGUCCUAUCUGAAACAAAUGUUGGAGCAUUUUAUAUUGAAAGCCCUAGUGAAAUUUACAAACUGAAACUUGAAUCAUAUUUACAUUUUGCUUCUUCGUAAGAUACUGGUAGCAGCAGUUGUGAAAUCUUGAUAUUUUUGUG